AUGCGUCCGUAUUCUUGUCUUAUGUAUGUGGGUCUAUGCAUCCGUAUCCCCUUGUUAUGCAUUUGUGUCUAUACGGUUAAUAUAUGUGAUUCUAUGCGUCCGGAUCCCUGUUAUGUAUGGACCUAUGCGUCCGUAUUCUUAUGUAUUGUCUAUCUUAUCCCCUUGUAUGUCUAUGGGAUUCUAUGCGUCGGAUCCCGUAUCCCCUUGUCCGUAUUCUUGUCAUUUGUGGGUCUAUCUAUCCCCUUGUUACAUUUGGUUACGUUUAAUAUAUGUGAUUCUAUGCGUCCGGAUCCCUGUUAUGUAUGUGGACCUAUGCGUCCGUAUUCUUGUCUUAUGUAUGUGGGUCUAUGCAUCCGGGUAUCCCCUUGUUAUGCAUUUGUGUCUAUACGGUUAAUAUAUGUGAUUCUAUGCGUCGGAUCCCUGUUAUGUAUGUGGACCUAUGCGUCCGUAUUCUUGUCUUAUGUAUGUGGGUCUAUGCAUCCGUAUCCCUUGUUAUGCAUUUGUGUCUAUACGGUUAAUAUAUGUGAUUCUAUGCGUCCGGAUCCUGUUGUGUAUGUGGACCUAUGCGUCCGUAUUCUUGUCUUAUGUAUGUGGGUCUAUGCAUCCGUAUCCCCUUGUUAUGCAUUUGUGUCUAUACGGUUAAUAUAUGUGAUUCUAUGCGUCCGGAUCCCUGUUAUGUAUGUGGACCUAUGCGUCCGUAUUCUUGUCUUAUGUAUGUGGGUCUAUGCAUCCGUAUCCCCUUGUUAUGCAUUUGUGUCUAUACGGUUAAUAUAUGUGAUUCUAUGCGUCCGGAUCCCUGUUAUGUAUGUGGACCUAUGCGUCCGUAUUCUUGUCUUAUGUAUGUGGGUCUAUGCAUCCAUGUAUCCCCUUGUUAUGCAUUUGUGUCUAUACGGUUAA